UUCCAAGCUUUUCUCUCCUUUUCAUCUCUUUCCUUCACAUUUUCCUCUCAAAAAAAAAAUCUCCUUUCUCUCUCUAAAAACUCUCAUUCUCUCUCUAAAUCGCUCUAUAUAUUCCUCUCUUUCUUCACUAGAAAAGUUUAUCUCAAGAAUUCAUGUCGGAAAAGGGUCAGCCAUUGCCAAAAUUUGGUGAAUGGGAUGUCAACGAUCCUGCCUCAGCCGAGGGAUUUACUGUGAUAUUUAAUAAGGCAAGGGACGAGAAGAAAACAGGUGGCAAACCUGAGUCACCAGCAAAGGCUGAUCCUCAUGCUAAGCCUGGAGCAGAACCUGGCAAAACCCAGCCUAAAAAAUGGUUUUGCUGCGUUCAAGCCCCAGCUGCAGAAUCUUGACGAAACCCUAUUCGUAUAAGACUACUUCCACAAGUGUGUUAAAGCCCCACCAUAUAUUCCUGAACAAGAUAGAAUCUAUAGGGCUUGACCUUCUAGAUUUCCAUUUUUGUGGUGUUUGAUAUAAUUCUGGGGGAAGAAGUAAACAA